CAGAAACUCCAACAGCGCAACACCACCAUCACCCACCAACAAGAAGCAGGACAAGUGAUUCCAAAAAGAAAAUACAAGCCGAGUUAGCAUUCACCCAUUCUCUACCCUUUCUCUCUCUCUCCCCCCGAGCAGGUACACAACCAAGAAACAUAGGUUAAAAAUCUGUUUUCAACAUUUUUCAUUUGAGAACUCUACUUUUUUAUAGUUUAUACGGAGACCGAGACCGAGAAGGGUGAAACAAGACCCACUUGUCUGAUUUAGAAAGCGGAAGUAUAUUUCUUCUACACGGAGAAGAAAGAUUCAGUCUUUGUGUUUUCAAGAUUAGAGUAGAAGAGAUAGAGAUGGGUAUUCUAUAUGACGACGUGGUGAUCAUAAGUCAGUCUGAGAAAGAAGGUGAACCCACUGUGAUCACUGUGAAUUGCCCAGACAAGACUGGGCUUGGUUGUGAUCUUUGCCACCACCUCCUUUUCUUUCAAUUGAGCGUUGUCAGAGUCGAUGUAUCCACCGAUGGGAAAUGGUGCUACAUAGUGUUUUGGGUGGUCGGAAAACCCAGUACAAGAUGGGAUUUGUUGAAGAAGAGACUAAUGGGAGUAUGUCCUUCUUGCUCUUCAGCUUCUGGGAUUUCCUUUUACCGAACCGAGAUGCAGCCCCCUAAGCCUCCUCAUGUUUUCCUCUUGAAGUUUUGUGGCUACGACCGUAGAGGCCUUUUACAUGCUGUAACCGAGGUUCUUUGUGUACUUGAGCUUACCAUAAAAAGAGUGAAGGUAUCCACCACCCCAGAUGGAAAAGUGAUGGACCUGUUUUUCAUCACCGACACCAGGGAACUUCUACAGACAAAGAAGAGACAGGAGGAUACAAUUGAUCAUUUAAAAGCUGCUGUGGGGGAUGCCAUGAUAAGUUGUGACAUAGAAAUGGUUGGACCUGAAAUUACUGCAUGCUCACAGGGGCCCUCAUAUCUUCCUCCUGCAAUCACAGAAGACUUGAGAGACUUAGAUAUGCUUGAUGAUCAACAAAGUGGGUCCAUCCCAUCCAACAGUGUAUCCAUCACGGUGGAUAACUCCCUCAGUCCUGCUCACACGCUUGUCCAAAUUGUUUGCCAAGAUCAUAAAGGUCUCUUGUAUGAUAUUAUGAGAACUUUGAAGGACUACAACAUCCAGAUUUCUUAUGGACGGUGUACCACAAAAACGGAAACAGAUUGUGAGAUGGACUUGUUCAUUAUGCAAGCCGAUGGGAAGAAGAUAGUUGACCCUAGCAAACAAAAUGCAUUGCGCUCUCGUCUUCAGAUGGAACUAUGUCGUCCUCUUAGAGUGGCUCUGGUGAGCCGGGGUCCUGAUACAGAACUCCUGGUUGCAAACCCUGUGGAGUUAUCUGGCAAGGGCCGGCCUCUUGUCUUUUAUGAUAUCACCCUUGCUCUCAAGAUGCUCAACACUGGCAUCUUUUCGGCUGAGAUAGCGAGGCAUAUGAUUGGUGAUCGGGAAUGGGAAGUCUACAGAGUUUUACUAGAUGAAGGGGAUGGAAUGUCUGUCUCAAGGAACAAGAUUGAGGAAGCAGUUUGGAAGAUGUUGAUGGGCUGGAAUGAUGAUGACUGCUGGAAUAAUUCUGCUUGGACUGCAACAGGCUAUGCCAACAUCGAUACAGUGUACUUGUCCCGUUUACGUAUCUCCUACAUGUAAAUAUGGCAUAUAAAUAUACAUAUCGUAAAAAUGGCUGGGCUGGAGCAAAUGCUUAGUUGACUACCUUUGUUAGUCUAACCUUCUAGUCUAAAAACACGCGGAGGUUUGGGAGAUCAAAGAGGGAGUAAAGUCCUUCCUGGUGCAUUGCAUAUUUCGAAAGGGUAAAUGCAGAGUGAGAAAUGGUGCUACUAUAUCAAUGUUUCAAUAUUCUCGAGUGCCUUCUGGUGAGCAAUUAGGAGGCCUUAAGCCAUGCUGUCCAACAGUACUUCAUUGCAAAUAGAUUCUGGAUGGCUGAAGCAUGAGUUGUACAGAACAUAUAUAUUUACUGCUAUGGUAUAAAAUAUAAAUAUCAUUACAGUUUGCC